AUGUCCGCCUUACUCGUUGCUACAGCGCUACUUCUUCCAAACGCCCUCGCCCAUCCUGCAUCCUCGCACACCAAAUGGCCAUCUCCCAAACAACUGCAACCCUCCGCGAACGCCGUAUCACCAAGACGACACUAUCUUGGCUCGAACUUUCAAGUGCCUGUCAGUGUGUCUGAAAGCGACCAGAAUGAUAGUAGCGACCCAGUGGCGCGCGCUAAGCUCGCUAUCCCAGGCCUACAGACAUGGUACAACGACACCACUGGGCUCUGGGAGUCCACAGGAUGGUGGAAUGGGGCCAACAUUGUCACUAUCUUUGGCGACUACGCAAAAGCAUUUCCUUCGGAUGCCACGCAACAAGAAAUGUCGAGGUCCAUAUUCUCCAUUGCCUUUAAAGAUGCGCCAGUAAAGAAUCCUACGCCCGGUGCCGAAAAACUACAAACAAGCACCGCGAACACUCAAAAUACCGGAUCUGAACAAGGUUUUAUCGGAAACACGGCAUCUGCAGGUGUGCCACCCAUAGGGGACCGUUAUUUCAAGUACCUGGAUCCGAACACCUUUGAGCCCCAUAGUGUGCUCCCACCAUCAUGGAACAAGGAGAGCACGAACGUCGCCCGGGCAAAUACUAAACGCGCUACUGGAAACGCAAAUGACUGGCUUGAUGGUUUUUAUGACGACGACCUCUGGUGGGCGCUGGCCUGGAUCAACGCAUAUGAUGUUACGCAGCAAACCGAGUAUCUCAAUCUUGCCGAGGGCAUCUUUCUUGCGGUAGCGAAGACUUGGGGUACAAACUGUUCGAACGGCGGCAUAUACUGGAGCAUUCAGAAAGACUAUGUCAACGCCAUUGCCAACGAGCUCUUUUUCAGCACAGCAGCACACCUAGCCAACCGUGCUAGUUCGAAACAGCAGUACGUGGACUGGGCCAACAAGAGCCUCAACUGGUUUCUCGCAAGCGGCAUGCUGAACAGCAAUGGAAACAUCAACGAUGGCUUGACCAACAAGUGCGAGAACAACGGCCAGACCGUCUGGUCCUACAACCAAGGUGUGAUCCUCGGUGGCCUCGUCGAACUCGGGCGCGCCGACCCGGCCUCCAACACCAAUCACAUUACGCAGGCAAACAUGAUUGCCAAGGCUGCUAUUACCAAGCUUGCUGACUCCAACGGUGUUAUCCACGAUGCCUGCGAGCCAAACUGUGGUGCCGAUGGCGCGCAGUUCAAAGGCAUCUUUAUGCGUAAUCUUGCGCAGCUCAAUGCCGUCGCUCCAGAUCCAGCUUACGUGAAAGCUUUUAGCACCAACGCUCAGUCUGUCUGGGCAAAUGACAGAAAGGUACAAGGGGGCUCGUCGUUUUUCAGUGUUCACUGGGCCGGACCAUUUGUGGAUCCUGUCAAUGCUGCAAUGCAGAGUAGUGCUAUGGAGGCACUUCUUGGUGCAGCUGUUACGAAGUAAUUCAACCGAACGAAUGUUUAUUUC